AUGGCAUCUGUGAACAAGAGCAUUGAUGUGAAAAAAGAUAGACCGAGCAGAAAGCAGCUUCUGGAAGAGAUCAAUGAAAAGCGGCAGCUUCUGGAAGAGAUCAACGAAAAGCGUGAGUCCUACUGUCUGGUGGAGAGAAGCAAUCAAGUCAGCUUCCUGCGAGUUCAGAAGAGGCACUUCAGCCAGGCUUACCAGCCUUUAGCUUGUAUGAACGUCAAAGAGUCUGUUCCUGAAAGCGGCAGGACCUCCUGGGUCAAUCGGGGCCUCUUUGUUCGCAAGGAGAGAAGGCACUUUCCACCAAAAAAUAAUGCCAUAUUUGGAUAA